CAUGGCGUUUUGGAGGGUGAAGGUUUCGAACUGUGGACUAUUGCUAUCGCAUUUGCCCCGCCGUAACAGGACAAAAUCGAGGAAGUACGUCCAGUUGUGCCUGUGCCCCUUUUCGAAUGCGGCCUGGAACCACAAGUGCCGAAAUACGGAAUGGAGGCUACGGCCCUGGCAAUGCCUACCGGUGUGCGGCAUCCACAGUUCGAGCCUACCCAGUCCCAUCAGCGGAGAGGUAACGGUGGUGUACAAGGACGGCCUGCCCGAGAUCACGGUGCCGCUGCCCUCCCGGCGAGACCGGUGCCGCUUCACGCUGCGGCCGCUCGGCAGCACGGUGGGCGACUUCGUGCGCAGCAUCUGCGUCGAGGACCGCGGCGUCGACCACGUCACCGUCACCUCCACGGAUGGCGUUCGUAUUGCGUCAACGUCAUCCAUCGAGCAUCUCCUGCGGGAAAACUUCAUCCUAACCCUCAACAACCAGGUCUACCUCGUUGAGCCGCCAUAUAUAGACCGCCUGACCAGCGAGGAGGCACAGACGCUGUCCGACCUGAAGACGCUGGUGGCUCGGCUGUACGAGAGCCUGACCGUGAACGAGCACCAGCUGGAGCAGGAGCGCAAACUGCUGGACCGCCUGCACAACGUCAAGGUGCAGCUGGGCCCCCUGGAGCGCAAGAAGAGCGAGCUCAUGUCGCUCUCCCAGCGGCGCACCACGCUGCUGUCGUGGCUCGGACUGGGCCUGAUGGGCGUCCAGUUUGGCAUACUGGCCAGGCUCACCUGGUGGGAGUACUCGUGGGACAUCAUGGAGCCUGUCACCUACUUCAUCACCUACGGCACCACCAUGGCCAUGUAUGCCUACUUCGUCGUCACCCGCCAGGACUACGUGCUUCCGGAAGUGCGGGACCGCCAGUUCCUGAUAUCCUUCUACAAGUUCGCCCGGCGACAAGGCAUGGACGUGUCCCGCUACAACGCCCUGCGCGAUGAGCUCUCCGAGAUCGAGGAAGAGCUGCGCCGGCUCAGGGACCCAUUGCAGAAGCACCUUCCCGUGCGCGAACUCGGCGCACCCUGCAAGGAAGGCGACGAGCAGCAGCAGGCCAGCUAGCUCGUCGCCCGACGGACCGCCGUCUAGUUGCCUCGCCACCUAUCAGAGGCAUCGCCACCCGCGCGCCUCCUUCCCUGUCUAGCUUUUUUUUCCUCCUUCUAAUACUACUUGCACCCUCUUGACCUAGUGCUCAGACCAAACGAAAAAAAAAAAAAUUAUUUCGCCUUUACGAACUGAGAGGUGGCUAGUUCGUUGCUACUGACCUUACCAGGCUGCUUUCUUUUUUUUUUUUUUUUAAUCCUACGUGUAACGGAACGGCAUUUUUCUUUCGGGUACUCUGCGUGACAUUGAAUCUUUGUGCUGCUGCGCCCGUGUAAGCGAGACUGUCCAGCGGUCGCGCAUUGUGCCCGGCAGAAUGAAAGCUGUUUGUAGGUCCUGUCUCGACGUCAGCAGGUUCGACAUGGUCGCGGGCGCUUCAGGCCUGGCGUCGCCCUCCGCCUGUGCUAACCUACCUUGUCGGGGCUUACGCGGGCGCAUAACGUAUAAAAUUGAAACUUGAAGCGUCUCGUUGAGCUCCCUGUUACUAGUGAAACUCACUGAACCGCUGCAGUAAUUAACGUCGCGAGGCCAUCGCGCUUUGCUCGCGUGUGAAGGCUGCGUCUGGUAUAAUGUUGGCGGAAAGUGGUAAAGGUUGUGACAAAAACUGUAGCCCGUAGCGUAGGCGCGUUGCCGAGAGAUGGACGACGUUACGUGCGUUGGUUUUAGGCCCUCUUUGUAACGCGAAGAAAACCUUUGUCUCUCUUGAACACCUUCGCGCUUUAGUGCCUAACACUAUACAGUCGCACAUGUGUGCACGUCUAGGGGCAGCGAGUUCCGCAUGUCUGCGGUCGCCUGCCAUUGGCAGUUUCGGAUUAAGUACGACUUCGCGAUGGGGCCACACGCUCCGUUUUUCGGCAAUCGGCAGCGCCCGGAGCGCGUAUAUAGCAUUGCGCUACCACUACAAGGUCUGUCUAGUUUCGUUUUUUUUUCUUGCUAUUAUAUAACGAUGGCCAGCGAGCUCGAGUCAAAAAGGCUUCCCGAGUGUAUUGUCGUAAGGGUGUCCUGAAGGCAUGCAGGCCCCCGGCGUGCAAACCGAGCCUGUGUGUUCGUGCCAAAACGCCACAUCUGCUUGUGGGUGGCUUCGUGUGUGGGCGUGUGUUUAAAGAAAACAAUGAAACCUGAAACACUGCCGCAUGGUGUUGAAAAUCAGUCGCGUUCCGCUCAGUCUCUCUUUCCGAAGCAUGCGUAGGAGGAGGAAAUCGGUCGCGGCGUCUCCGACCCGCCUCGGCUGACGUGUUUCACGAACAGCCGCGUUUGAGUGACUCAAUAGUGAAGCGCUUCGUAUUGCAGGCUUAAGUGCCGCGACAGACGACAAUGUCGCUCCAGCUGAUUAACGGUCCGCUACAGUUCGGGCGCGCAGUGCUUUGUGCGCGUGCGCGGUUUCGAGCCGGCGUGCGAGUAACAUGGCUUGUGCGGGUGGCGUUGCCUCUACAGCAUCCCGUAUAGACAUGUGUAACCCUCCGAUUCUCGUACUUAACAAGAAACUGAAGCCCAGCGUGAGAGCAAAAAAAAAAAGUGUACCGCUAUAUACGAGCGCAAGCAGGACACGACCGUACGUGCCCCAUAAGCGGACGUAUUCUGAACUAAUUGAUGAAUGCAAGGUGCAUAUAACUCCUGCUAUGUAGCUACAGUUAUCAGCAAGAGUAAAUGGGCGCCGACGGGCACUAUGUAAGUCCCGUUGGCCGGAGAAAACACAAAAAACAAAAUAUGGAUUUGGGAUUUCGCCGCUUGCACUUAUUCGUGCAACCGUUCUAAUCAAUUCGACAUUUCGUGCUGCUUUGAUUAUCACGAGGGUGGGAAUGAAUUUGUCGUUCUUCGAGUGUUUUUAUUUGUUUUUUCGUCGUCGACCUUGUACACAGUGAAAGUGCUUGAGCGACGCUUCUUAUUGUCAAGUCUAUAUUUGCAUGUUCUCGGGCUGCACGCAGCUCGACGACGAAGUGAUCACUGCCCUUCGAGACUUGCUCUACGCCGAAAGGUUCGAAUUUUGGCGUAUUUGAACUGUGUGACAUUGUGUUGUUUCGGUGGUGGGGUGGGGGGGGGCGGAUUUGAUAAGCGAUGAGAAAGAUACUUCUCUGUGGCGGGCUUUCAUGAUGUGCACAAAUGUCGCCGUUUGUCAGGGAUUGUGAGAUUAUCGAGAACAGCGACGUUUCUUUUUUUUUUUCCUUCUUUUUACUGUUUUCUGUUUUUAUAUCAACAAGGAAUAUUUUAAAGUUUGAGAAAUUGUCCCAUAAUACAUAUGACGGAAUGCAUGUGCUAAGGCACUCCGCAAAAUAUUUUAGUUUUACUUACUUUUUCUCUCGGCGUUCGCGACAUUAAAAGGGUUUACCUCACAAACGAUGCAUCUUUACUGCGGGCAUUGCUACUCUCCGUGUGUCUGACUGAAGCUACCUAUCUUGCUCUGUGUGAAGUGGGCUGAAGGAUGUGAUGAUCCGUACUCGUUGUCUUGCCGCGGGAGCUACACGAGUGGGCGGGCAUUCGAGCAUAAAGCUGAACGUCUUCCGAGGCCUCCCUUGGUUUUCCGGUAGGUUAUGGGCACUGUUUAAUGUUACUGUUCAUGAUAUUAAUGCGAAUUUUCCGAACUGUGAACCUUCAAGGGAUUGAUUCAGUGUGAAGCAUGGUUCAGUUGAUCUUUUGUUCUUUUCAUUUGCGGUCAUUAAGAGACAGGAGCGCUGAACGCCGCGGUACGUUUGAAUCCUAGUUAAUGCGGCAUAUAUAUAUAUAUAUAAUAUAAUCGCGGCCGGCAGGAAGAAUGUCAAAGGCCAUUUAAUCUUAUCCGACCGCCGAGGACCUGUAGUUUUCCGCUCGAGUUGUUUCAUAAGAAUGCACGUUUUCGUUGCGCGUUCGACGAUGGUUUUAAACGGACACUAAAGAGAAAAAAUACGUUGAGCUGUAUUAGUAAACUACGCAUCUUCAAUACCAAAAAAAAAAAAAACUUUUCUCAUAGAGGAGAAACGUUAAGCCGAAAAAGAGGCCAAGAGUGGGCGACAGGUGGCGACGCCCCAUUCUAGUUCGUGCUCCAGUUCUCCGUGACGUCACGAACUUUGACGCCAUCUCCUCAGGCUUCUUUAAGCUUUUUACGGGUAAAAAUAGACUAUAUUCUGAAGAAGGUAAAGACUGAACUUAGGAAGUUCUGAGGACAUUUUACCUUGUCAGUGUCAAUUCUUUCUUUUUUUUUUGGGGGGGGGGGGGGGGGAGUGACGCGAUGCACGUCCAACGUCGGGCCUUAUUUGAUUUUUUUUUUUUUUUACUCGGAGAUUUUAAAACGAACGCAACGGUUUAUUUUUGGUUAUGCAGAAGGCAGAAAAUGACGCUGAUAGGCAAAUGCUCUGUCGGAUUAUUCCUCGCAUUCCUAUCUGACGUCAGCGACAUGGCGGGACAGGAACGCAAAAAACGUACCGGUGCGUCAGUGACACCGAAAGGGUCCUGCGCCACAAUGGCGAAAAUGUGUGUAGGGAGUCUUAAAUUUGUGUCGUCACACUUACGUAUACCUGCGGUGCGGUUUCGUUGUGAAAUAAAAAAAAAGAUGAAAGUAUGAGCCUUUUUUUUUCCCCGUAGUAGUGAACCUUUUACAACUAAAUUAACGAACGUGGAGUUUUGAAAGAACACUACACCAGUAUAAACUUAUUUAGUGUUUAUUUUUCUUUGUGUCCCUUUAAGACAUCGACGCGUUGGCACGGGUCAGUGAUCCACAAAAGAGCUACCAAGGCUAGAGUUUGUCCUCCGUUUCGAAGUGAACGGGGUACCUGCGGAGGCUGUCUUUUCUAUACAUUCGAUUCGUCGUUAGUUGCCCGUUGUAGCUUCACAAAUUCUACGCCAUUGGAUCGUGCAACGUUUAUGCUAUAAGGGAGCUCAUGAUCAUUUCUGUUUUAGUUUGUAAACGUGCUUCAUCAUUUCUCCCCCCGAAAAAAAAAAAACGAUUUCUUCCAGUAUUAAAAACAGAAAUCAACAGCAAAAAGCUUUUUCUUUUUAUGUUUAAGCACAGUAGAAAAAUUUCAAAGAUGCAUGCAUUGCCCGCUUGCUCAGUAAUGAUUUUGUCCAUUAGCCUCGUGAUAACUGGAACAUUUGCCUCCUUCAAAGGUGCUACAGACUUGUGCUGACCUAUCCGGUUCACAGAGAAGAAAGAAAUAAUACUUGUAUCGCAACUUGGGAUGUCAGGUUAGCUGCCGAAAUAAAGCUUGGCGAUAUAUUGAAGCUACGCGGUGGGACUAGGACAGAAUCAUACACAACGAGAUUGGUGCUGACAGCCAACUAAAACUUUAUUGGAAAGAAACACCAGCCGUUUAAGUUAUGUCGAAACGAAGACAGAUAGGGCUAGUGUAUUUUUGUAUUUUUUUUACGAUGAAGUUUUGUUGGCUGUCGGCGCUAGUUGUGUUGCGUAUGCAUCUGUCCCCGUCCCGUCGCGCCGCUUCAAGAUGCACCAACACGCCCAUAUCAAGUUGCUGCUAAGGUUUUUAGGUCGAAUUGCACAAUUUCGCGCAAGAUUAAAACAACGCUUCGAGGAGUUUUUUUUUUUUUUUUUUUUUUCCCCGCCGUGUCGCUUCAAGCGGGCGCCUGGAAAAAUGCUCUUCUUCGCGGUCACUUGCUACAACGCCGUUUGCAAUGCGUUGAGGGGGCCGAGGUCUGCCGUCGACCAACGACUCCUGUGGAUCCAGAAAGGGUCCACGCACUCCGACUGCGGCAGUCGUCCAAAAAGGCCGGCACUCCCAUCAGGAGCUUCGAGCGCGCGUGGGCUUUUAUGAUGUUUUUUUUUUUUUUUCUUCGACGCAGACAGUCUUUCCGUAGCUGAGCUUUGCUCACCAUUGCACGCACUUCUCGGAAAUACAGGUCCCUCUGCUACCGCCGACGCUUACCGACCCACAGUGGAGCGCCCGGCGUUUCAACUUCCUCGUGCACGGCCUGUUAUAGUCUCGCGUGCUUGCGCGACGGCAUACUCGGGAGAGCCGCUGAUGCGGCUCCGUCGAAGCUACGCGCGCGGCCGUCGAUACAGCCUUCGCCGAACGUGCGCGUCCAGGAUAGUGAAAACACGAACAAGAUUUUUCUUUCUAUUCUAUUUUUUUGCAAACCUUUCUCGGGGUCAGGCAACUGUCUUGCGACGACUGUUUCGAUCCACGUGCCAAAAAAAAAAAAAGUAGAGUGGAACUCGUCCGUCGGGAGCCCGCGGUGCUCCAAUAUUUAUUUCUUAUUCUGAGCAAUAUUUCGCAGGCGCCCAGCUUCGCUCGUGGUGAAGCUUGCAGGUCUGCGUGUCAUGUCAGUCUUCUCCUCUCGCGGUUGAGAAAAAAAUAGGGGGGAGGGGGGGAAGCGGGCGGGGACUAGAAGGAGAUGCGCAUGAUACGAACGCCGUGUCGGACAAGCUGCGGGGUCAGUCUAGUCACGAGUCAUCCUUUGACCCUUCCACCGAGUAAACUGUCCUUUUUUUGUUUUUCUUAGGGAGCUUUCAACGCGCUUCCGUACUACUGCACCUUUUUCCCACUCCCGACCAAAUCCGGUCGUCAGUUCCAAGCGCUGUGGGGGAUACCAGUGCACAUUUGUUUCUCGGUCGAGUAAAACCGUUCGGCGACGCGCUAUGAUUUUUUUUUUUUUCUUACACGCUGUGGUGCAUUCGCCAGCCUGUUUUGGGGCAUUACCGUGAUACGUAUUUAGUUGCAGGAAAACAAAACAAAAAAUCGACGUGAGCUUGCUUUUGUUCUUUCUUUUAUCUCGUUUUUCUGGAUUUGAUGCCUGGUGGACGGCCAUUGCUGUUUUUUUAUUUGUGUUGUUGGUGGUUGCGCGAUGUUAAACCCUCGUUUGCGUUGUUUUCGAGUGUUUUGAGACGAUCGGGUGACACUGCAGUGGGAGGGGAGUGAACAGCAUUCGCAAAUAUUCGUGCCGCGGCUCUGUACUUACACACGCACGCAAGAAAACAAAAUGCGAGUUUGCAGAGUACUUAAGACAACACUUAUACGCCCUUCACCACGACUGCGGGAAAUCGAGCGCGUUUGAUAAAGCUGUGUUAUGCUAUGCGACAUACUGUACCACAACGUUACAAGUGGCACGCGCGCGCAUAAGUCGAGUCUCUCCUUCCCGUUUUUGAACCUUGUCCUUCGACGCCUAUGCCGACUAUCUUUCAGGUGUACGCUAUGUACGCACUAUAGCUGAAUUUCCACUCGCGUAAUAACGAAAAAAAAAAUAACGUAAGACGUUACCAUAGCUGCUCUCUCGUGAGGAAAGGUCCAGUUAUACAAUAUAGCGAAUAAUAUAGCCGUUUUGUAGAAAAGGCAAAGGAAAAAAAAACGUCUCAAGUUGCCCGCACUUACGGGAGUGACCCUCCCUGUACUCGCAGGUGUGCAUGACGCGCCCUUCCCAUAGAGGGCGUACUUGUUUUUACAUUUCAUGUAAAUAGUAAACUAUGCACAGCAGUGUGCUCUAUACCAGUGACGAGGCUGAUCUAUCAAUCUAUAUUUCUCUGGUGAAUUACUGGUGAUUAUACAUAUUUACAUACAAUAUAUACAUUCAUGGUACGCUUAACGACAGAAUGCUUCCCACGGAAUUUCUUCCUUUUUUUUUUUCCCCUCGAGCUCCGCCGCUUAAUGAGUUAUGCUUGCGACUCGCCGCAAGAUUCAGCAUCGUUGCCCCAAGCUUGCGAUUUAUUAGCCUACGGGCUCUCGUAUCUGGGACUCGAUGAAAGUUUUCUUUUUUUUUUUCGGCACACUUCGUUUUCCUCCUCCUUAUUUUGUCUCGUGUCGCCAUUAAUCGCACCCAGGGUUCGGCACAAGUGGCUGUACACCGCCGCGGUUGGUAAUGCCUGGUUUAUAACAUCGGCCGCACAAGACACGCAACAACAAGCAAAAAAGAAAAAAAAAACAGAAUAACGCAACGUCCCCGCUAUCUUUGCGGCAGCCUAGAAUUUGGAAGGGUCACAAGAUUUUUCGUGUGGCGCUGCAGUGCGUUGUUUGAACUAUGGGCUGCGUGCUCAAGCGUCGACGGAAUUAUUUAACGGCUCCGAUUUUCCGCGGCCUUUUGUGAGCGAUUGCGCAACAGAUUUUUUUUUUUUUUUGUCGUAAUUACCGGCAAUUGCAGAAAAUUUAGCUUUGUCAGAAUGCUGUUCGCAGCUAAUACAGUAUACGCCCACAAAUCUAAUCGACUGUGCGCUCGAUUCCGAUGAACAAAUGUGCGCAUGUUGGGCAUUUGAUGGAGCCGGCAUUGGGAGAUUGUUGUUGUGCUGCGGCGCACACGUGGCUCACGUUGGAGGCCAGUUGACCAGGACGAUUGGUCGUGUCGUUCUGUUCCUCGCGAAAGCUGCAUUUCGUGUCUUCGUAAUCUCACGCAAGGUCUCUCCCCUUCUUUCCCGAGUUGCAUUUUUUUGCGAGUGUGUACUGUGGACCUAGCAUGUACGCGUGUGUGGCUCGAGCUGUUGGUGCUCUGUAUCCGCGCAGAGUUGACGCUAUGCGGCUGUGUUUUGUUAAGCCCUGUUGCGCGCACUUGUUGUUCGACGUACGAAGAAAAAAUACAAAGAGCUUAUACGAGACUCUCUCCUUCGAGACUUGUGGUCUAUAUCCUGCAGUGCAGAAUAUGUUGUUGCGGUGCAUUUUUUCCCCUUGCUGCCCACGUUUGUUUCUUUGUUCACGUUUUUCUUUUUUUUUUUCGACGAUGAAAGAAAAAUAAAAAAGAUGACUACCAAUGAAAA